GAAACACGGACGAGCUAGAGCAGGUGGGCUACUUGACCUUUGACCAUUGAAAUGCGGGGAAGCCCAGGGCUAAACAGCAUUUGCAUAUAGUCCCCACCAGUCCGAAUCCAGCACCAGCGUCCACAUUCACAUCCACAUCCGUUCCUCUUCUCCCUCAACCCCCUAUCAACACCUACGAGCAGCAGCCAUGUCCUCCCCAUUAUCAUACGUACCACCAGACCUACCGCCCUUCUGCGAACCGGAUACACCGGUGCUGGUAUUUCUCUCGCAGACAUUCGGAACAUGUUUACCAUCGUACUUGUCCUUCUUCUCUACGGCGGCCGGCGUGCUAUCCAUCAACUACCGCCGCGGAUCCGUGGACGGGCUGAGUCUGGGUUUCCUGGCGAUAUGGCUCGCAGGCGAUAUCUGCAACCUUCUAGGAGCAAUCUGGACCAGCCAGAUGUGGUUCCAGCAGGUGGUCGGAAUGUACUAUGUCCUCGUCGACGUCGUGCUCGUCUCGCAGUACUUCUACUUCACCAACAUCAACCCUCCCGAGCUGCUCUUUGGCCAGCAGCUCCACUACGACGAGAGCAUCGACGACGACGACGACUCGGAUGACUCAUACCUCGUCGACUCCGAACCCGAGACCAACAGCAAGAAGAAAAAGAAAGAGGCACGCAGCAACUCGAGCGGCUCCCGCGGCCGCAGCCGCAGCCUCGCCUCGACACUCAUCGUGGUAGUCUCGAUGAUGUUCCAUCUUGCGGGCGCCAGCCCCAUAUCACCACCACCUCGAUUCCCCUGCAGCGGAUGGCGGCGUAAACUUGCAGGACAUCGGCAGCGUCCUGAGCUGGUUCUCGACGCUGCUAUACCUGAGCUCUCGCAUUGCCGCAGCUCCUCCUCAACUUCCGACGGCGCUCGACAGCGGGCUAGCAAUAUCGCUCUUCGUGGCCGCCUUCUUCGGCAAACUUCUUCUUACUCGCUCUCGCUCCUGCUCAACCCGCUCGGCCACUACGACUACCAGCCUACGGCGGUGGCGGCAUCGCGGCCCCGACGGCCAACGACCACGCCGAGUGGUGGAGCCGCGCGCUGCCAUUCUUCCUCGGCGCCUCUGGCGUGCUCGGACUCGAUGCCGCGGUCCGGCUGGCAGUGGCUCAUGUGGGGCGAGCGGGCGCCCGAGGACUUCGACGAGCUCGACGGUGACGACGACGACUGUCUCGCCCUCCAGGAGACGACCUGGAGCAGGUGGUGGCCCUGGAACGGGGGGAAGCCGCUUGUGGCGAAUCGAGCUCCGCUGCCCUAGUUAUGGGAGUUCGCAGGGGGUAGCGGGCGAGCGAUAUGCGUUUUGGUUUUUUCUCUUUUGUUGGGAAGGCAUGGGGUUUCUUGGGCGUUGUUUUUUGUUUGCUUUAUUUCGUUUGGGCGAGCAUGGACGGAUGGAUUGCGAUUUGCGGAGCGGACUGAUUCGAUUGCAUGGGGUUUUACUUUUCUUCUGUUUCUGGACUUGGACUUGGACUUGGACUGGGCUUUGCACGCGGGUGAAGUGGCUGGCUGUAAUUUAUACGGGACUUUGUGUAGUUGUAAGUUGUAGGUUGGAUCCACGAUAGAUCGAUAGAUCGGAAUCGGAGCAGGUCGAUUCAAUGCUACUAGAUGCUAUCUUUUGUCUGUGUCUUC